AUGUUCUAGUGACAUGUCCAAUAUCAAGAUAUUAGUGGAAAAUGGCAAUAUGGGACUUUUUGAAUUACUUCGUGAAACAAGUACAAGGAUUCUAGACCUGAGAACCGCUGAGUGUGCCUCAUUUGCAUCAGCAAUUCUACACACGUUCAAUAAGCUAGCGAAACUGUAUUUAAACGGAACCUAUAUGGGUCGAUGUCAACUCAAUCUACCGGAUUCAUUACAAUGUAUUCGUCUGCAGAAAGUCGAAUGUUCAUCGGAGUGGUUGUAUGGCUUGUUGAUCACGCUGUCUUUAUUAGAUCAUCCUGUCACAUGUGAGAUGUGGGAUGUUGUUUUGCAGUCAACAGAACAAUCCAAUUUGGAUGAGUCACAUAUACCUGUAUCUGACUUGCGAUCUAAAUUAUGUUCUAGUGACAUGUCCAAUAUCAAGAUAUUAGUGGAACAUGGCAAUAUGGGACUUUUUGAAUUACUUCGUGAAACAAGUACAAGGAUUCUAGACCUGGGAACCGCUGAGUGUGCCUCAUUUGCAUCAGCAAUUCUACACACGUUCAAUAAGCUAACGAAACUGUAUUUAAACGGAACCUAUAUGGGUCGAUGUGACCUCAAUCUACCGGAUUCAUUACAAUGUAUUAGUCUGCAGAAAGUCGAAUGUUCAUCGGAGUGGUUGUAUGGCCUGUUGAUCACGCUGUCUUUAUUAGAUCAUCAUGUCACGUGUGAGAUGUUGGAUGUUGUUUUGCAGUCAACAGAAAUAUCCAAUGAAGAUGAUUCCCAUAUACCUGAAUAUGACUUGCGAUCUAAAUUAUGUUCGAGUGAUAUGUCCAAUAUCGCGAUAUUAGUGGUAAAUGGCAAUAUUGGACUUUUUGAAUUACUUCGUGAAACAAGUACAAGGAUUCAAGACCUGAGAACCGCUGAGUGUGCCUCAUUUGCAUCAGCAAUUCCACACGCUCAAUAAGCUAACGAAACUGUAUUUAUGUGGAACCUAUAUGGGUCGAUGUGAACUCAAUCUACCGGAUUCAUUACAAUGUAUUAGUCUGCAGAAAGUAGAAUGCCCAUCUGAGUGGUUGUAUGGCUUGUUGAUCACGCUGUCUUCACUAGAUCAUCCUGUCAUGUGUAAGAUGUUGAAUGUUGUUUUGCAGUCAACAGAAAUAUCCAAUGAAGAUGAUUCACAUAUACCUGAAUAUGACUUGCGAUCUAAAUUAUGUUCGAGUGAUAUGUCCAAUAUCAAGAUAUUAGUGGUCAAUGGCAAUAUGGGACUUUUUAAAUUACUUCGUUAAACAAGUACAA